UGGGCAGGGGCUGCCGCUCACCCAGCACUCCUUGGGGCCGAGGCCUGCCUGCUGGGUGGGUGGUCAUCCUCCUCAGUCUCAGUCCCUAACGCCUCCUCCUGGAGCUGAGGACUGGCCAGUGAGAACAACCCCACCUAGAGAAGGUGGGUCCUCCAGUCAAGUGGUUGAUAAGUGGUCAUUCAUCUGUCUUGUCAGCACCAAGGGUCUGGAGACAUCUCCCUCGUGUGGAAAUAUUUUUGGAUACCGUCCAACAUGAUAAAAUGGUCCCAGGAUGUUAUACGCUUCAGGUUGGAAACAGAAACCUGAAUUCACUUGUGCAACAUAACUGGGUUCUGCCACAGAGGUGGGAUUGGGUGAAAAGACUUGUUGCUCAACUGAAACUGACAGGAGCAGAGAAGGGGACAGCUUGGUGGGCUGUUCUGGACCUCCUCGUGGGCCCCUUGCAGGAGAGCUGGUCCUGGUUGGCAGGGGUAACCACCUGCAGUGCCACCUGUCACGAGGCCUUGCACCUGUAGGGAGGGUUUUUGUGGGGGUCUGAUGGCCCAGGCACUGCAGAGGGAGAAACUCUACCAAGAAGCAGUGACUCCUCCGUAGGAAAGAAAACACCAGUAUAUUCUAAGCUGGUUUUCUUUUAGAUGUGAAAAGCAGUGUUGGUUUUUGACCAUUAUCACCUGGGAAGAUAGGUCAUAUCAGUAUGUAGUCUUCUCGAAAAUACUUCUGAGCAAUGUCAGUCAAAUCCCCACUCCCAAUUUUUUAUUUUGAAGAAAAUCCUUUUGUGGCAAUAACUUAAAAUAGGCUCCUGACAAAACCGUGAAUGAUUUCUUUUAAAAAUAUCUCCUUCAAGGUGCUGGGAAUGGAGGCCAGCUGUAGGGGAGAGCUGUGUGCCUGGUGGCAUGGAUCUCUCUCUCGCUGCUUGAUGGUUCUGGGAGUGGGUGCAGCCUGCAUGGAACGCAAGAGUGGAAAGGGGGACUCCUUUCUUUGGAAAACAACAGAAUCAGAGAAGAAACCUAAGGCGUGUAACGAUGUGGGAAAAGCAGUCUGCUGAUAAUUCGGUCUGGAGAAGCGCGGUGUUCCUGCCCCCUGGGGCGUGUGGUUUCCAGGCCCUCUCUCAGCUCCUUUGUCUGCUGCCGUGGCCUUGGUGGCAUCCUCCCUCGGUGGUCAGCCCAGGGCUUCCCCUGCCCAUGCAGUCCCCUGCUACCACUGCUGAGGGCCUCAGUGGCCCCCUCUUUGGGGCCUACACACUCCCUACCUUCAAGUUCCAGCCUCGCCGUGAGAGCGUGGACUGGAGGCGCAUUAGUGCCCUGGAUGUGGACCGCGUGGCGCGGGAGCUGGACGUGGCCACCCUGCAGGAGAACAUUGCUGGUGUCACCUUCUGCAAUUUGGACCGGGAGGCGUGCAGCCGCUGUGGGCAGCCUGUGGACCCGGCACUGCUCAAGGUGCUGCGCUUGGCCCAGCUCAUCAUCGAGUACCUGCUGCACUGCCAGGACUGCCUGAGUGCCAGCGUGGCCCAGCUGGAGGCGCGGCUGCAGGCCAGCCUGGGCCAGCAGGAGCGUGGCCAGCAGGAGCUGGGCCGCCAGGCUGACGAGCUCAAGGGGGUGCGGGAGGAGAGCCGCCGCCGACGCAAGAUGAUCAGCACCUUGCAGCAGCUGCUCAUGCAGACAGGCGCCCACAGCUACCACACGUGCCACCUGUGUGACAAGACGUUCAUGAAUGCCACCUUCCUCCGGGGCCACAUCCAGCGCAGGCAUGCAGGCAUGGCGGAGGGCAUGGCGGAAGGCGGGAAACAGAAGAAGCAGGAACAGCCAGUGGAGGAGGUGUUGGAAGAGCUGCGGGCCACGCUCAAGUGGACCCAAGGGGAGCUGGAAGCCCAGAGGGAGGCUGAGAGGCAGCGGCAGCUCCAGGAAGCAGAGAUCGCUCGUCAGAGGGAAAUAGAAGCUAAGAAAGAAUUUGAUGAAUGGAAAGAAAAAGAGCGGGCCAAGCUAUAUGGGGAAAUAGACAAGCUAAAAAAAUUAUUUUGGGACGAGUUUAAAAGUGUUGCCAACCAUAACUCUACGCUAGAAGAGAAACUGCAGGCGCUGCAGUCCCACAGUGUGAUGGAGUCCCAUCUCGGGUCGCUGCGGGAUGAGGAGUCCGAGGAGCGGCUCAGGCAGGCGCAGGAGCUCCGGGCCCUGAAGGAGAAGAUGGAAAUUCAGAAAACAGAGUGGAAGAGGAAAAUGAAGGAACUGCAGGAACAGCACGCAGCUCAGAAGAAAGAGCUGCAGGGGCAGAACGAGAGGCUCCAGGCCUCCCUGUCUCAGGGCCAGAGGAAAGCAGCGGCCCAGGCCCAGCGCCAGAUCAACGCCCUCCACGCCCAGCUCCAGGAGCAAGCGAGGCUCAUCGCCUCCCAGGAGGAGAUGAUCCAGACCAUGUCUCUCAGGAAGGUGGAGGGGAUCUGCGAGGGCCCGAAGGCUGUGGACACAGAAGAGGACUCUUCCGAGGAAGAGCUGGAGGCCUCCCGAGAUGGACAGCAGAAGGUGCUGGCAGCUCUGAGGCGAAACCCCACCUUGCUGAAGCAGUUCAGACCAGUCCUGGAGGACACCCUGGAGGAGAAACUGGAAAGCAUGGGGAUAAAGAGAGACGCAAAGGGAAUCCCUGUUCAGACUCUCAGACACUUGGAGUCCCUCCUGAGAGCCCAGCGGGAGCAGAAGGUGGGGAGGUUUUCUGAAUUUUUGAGUCUGAGGGAAAAGCUCGUCAAGGAAGCCACCAGCAGAGUGAAGGAGAGACAGAGGAACGAGGCUGCAGUGUCCCAGCCAGACGGCCAGGCUCCAGUCAAAAGCCAGCAGAGCCCACUGGUCACCAAAGAGGUCCAGCCAAAGGCCAGGACCCUACAUGUGGCGUUGCCAUCCAAGCUGGCAGAGCCGUCCAUGACAACUCUUCAGAACUGCAGCAGCCAUGGCCCUGGCCCGGCUCAGGCGCCCACCCCAACUCCACGCCCCAGAGCACAUGGAUCCUCUGACACCCCUGCUUCCCCAGAGCCUGGGCUGAGUACGCCCCCGUUCAGUUCUGAAGAGGACUCAGAGGGAGACUCCGUGCAGCGUGCAUCUCUCCAGCCCCCAAGAGUUCCUUCGAGGAUGGGGCCCCGGCCGGAGGAUGACUGGGACUGGUCCGACACCGAGACCUCGGAGGGGAACACCCAGCCCCCUGGCAAGGGCUCAGGUGGGCUGGCUACCUCAGAGACACUGGUGCAGUCGAUGGUCAAAAAUCUUGAGAAGCAGCUGGAGGCUCCGGCGAAGAAGCCUGCUGGAGGGGUCAAGCUGUUCUUAGUGCCCAAUGCUGGGCCGCAGAGGGCUGCUACACCAGGACGGCAGCCUCAGCCUUAUGAUGAUGAAAGCGACUUGGAGGUCUCUUCUUUGGAAGAUCUCCCCCAGGACCUGGACCAGAGAGAGAAACCUAAGCCCUUGUCUCACUCGAAGCUCCUGCAGAAGUCUGGCGCCAGCUCUUGGAGGCCCGGCCAACCCGGGGUCCCUGGCUGGUGAUCUUGCUCAGGAGUCUGGCGGCCAGAGGACCAGCCGUGUUGCCUGGCUGGGUCCCGCCCCACAGAAGAGGCUACUGGGCCUCUUGUCUUCACCACUAAUCGGGAGGUCUUCUCCCUUGGAGAGAAGCAGAGCAGAAGACGGAUAUAAUUUCUGCCCUCCUGCCUGUGAGGGGCCCUGCCCCUGAGCCCCAGGGGGCCUGGCUGGGUGCCCUCGGGUCCUCCCACGGCUUGAGAAAGGAUUAUAACAGGACCUCCAGCAAUGUCCCUCCUCCACCUCCAUGUUGACACAGACUGAAAGGAGCCACUUGGCCUCUAUUCCCGAGUGUUUGUAAACCUGUAGGAGCACUGUAGAGAUGAGUCCUAUAUGGGGUCCUCUUGGAGACAAGUGCCUCUGUCAGUCAUUCAAUGACUGAUCCAAAGUCAUAUACUAAGUGCCUGCUCUGUCCUAGGUCCUCCAGCCUCUCACUGUAGAAUUGAUGCAGGCAGAGGUGGGCAGGGCAGAAAGUAUGGGGUAGUAAUCUAGUGACAGAUUAGGGUGUUAGGGGAGCAUGGAAGGGGCCACCCGGUGCAGUCUGGGGAUGAUCUUGGAGAGCUUCCCAGAGUUGUGGUGUCUGGCAUGGCCUGCUCAGGGGUGGGAGGGAAGGAGGGUCACUUGGCUGGGGCCGCAUAUCCCCAAAGGACCACAAAUUUGAUUUUUGAUAUUAUUACCAAAAUGAGGUUAUAUGUAUAGCCACUGUAUUUUUUUAAUGUGAAAAGCAUUAAUUUAUUAUAUGUGGACAUUUAAAUAUAGCACAAUGU